UGCUCCUGCGAGGCGAUGGAAGUUACCAAAUACAACGAUUUUCCCACUGCCCGCCUCCCCAAUUCCUGCUGCCAGUGGUGUGAUAUGAGGAGUAAUCUUAUCACUCUUUCCUCGCUCGUCAACUGUUGGCGGUGGUGCGAACAUGAACUGUACCUCUGGUGGCAUCACUGCCAGCGUUGGCAAGCCAGAACGAGAGCAGCCCACGCCGCGCAUCCCGCCAUGGCGUCCAGCCAAACUGACUUAUCAGAAGAAUGGUUUAUGAAAUGGAUGACACACCAACCAACACAGGAACUGGUCAUUGCUGUGGAUAAUGGAGACGAGGCAAGGGUGAGGUCAUCCCUCAACAGGGGUGCCCACCCAGAGGUCAGUGUCCCCACUGAUGAUGGAAUGUCGGGGAGUCUGGUAAGUGUGGCUGCCAACAAGGGCCACCACGACCUACUGCCUCACUUACUGCAGGCGGGGUUAAGCAUAGAGGGUGGAGGCACCAUCGACAGGACACCACUGAUGGAUGCUGCCGGGAAUGGCCACACCGAGACAGUGAAGGCACUGCUGACCCUCGGUGCGAACCCUCUAGCGACGGAUAGUGAAGAAUGGACAGCCCUCCACCAUGCUGCAGCGCAAGGCCAUCAGCAGUGUGUGGCGGCCCUCACGCCCGUCAUCCCUCCCAUCCCUGCACACCUUGAGGCACACACCCCGGUGCACGCCGCCAGUUACUAUGGCCACUUGGAGGUACUGGAGCAGCUGGUGGGUGCUGGCUGGCCCCUCACAACUGGGGACAGUGAUGGCGACACACCCCUGCAUCAUGCUGCUGCAGGCGGCAGUGUGAAAUGUCAGGAAUGGCUCAUAGAGCGAGGUGGUGACCCGCGCAUGCAAAACAAGGCAGGACACACACCCAUAGACAAGGAACUCGUCAUUGCUGUGGAAAAAGGGGACGAUGACAUGGUGAAGUCGUCCCUCGCCACGGGUGCUCACCCAGAGGUCACUGUCCCCACUGAUGAUGGAAUGUCGCUGAGUCUCGUAAGUGUCGCUGCAAAAAAUGGCCACCGACACCUGCUGCCUCGCUUACUGCAGGCAGGGCUUAGCGUAGAGGGAAAAGGCACCAUCGACAUGACACCACUGAUGUUGGCUGCCGGGAAUGGCCACACCCAAACAGUGAAGGCACUGCUGACCUUCGGUGCGAAUCCUCUGGCGACGGAUACUGAAGGAAGGACAGCCCUCCACUAUGCUGCAGCGCGGGGCCAGCAACAGUGUGUGGCGGUCCUCACGCCUGUUAUCCCUCCCACCCCCGCUCACCUCGCGGCACACACCCCGGUCCACGCCGCCAGUUAUCAUGGCCACUUGGAGGUACUGGAACAGCUGGCGAGUGCUGGCUGGCCCCUCACCGCUAGGGACAGUGAUGACGACUCACCCCUACACUAUGCUGCGACGGGCGGCAGUGUGACAUGUCAGGAAUGGCUGAUACAGCGAGGUGGAGACCCGCACAUGCAAAACAAGGCAGGACACACACCCAUGGACAAGGAACUGGUCAUUGCAGUGGAUAAAGGAGAUGAGACAAGGAUGAGGUCGUCCCUCGGAAGGGGUGCUCACCCAGCGGUCACCGUCCCCAAUGAUGAUGGAAUGGGGAGUCUGGUAAGUGUGGCUGCCAACAAGGGCCACCACCACCUGCUGCCCGGCUUACUGCAGGCGGGGCUAAGCAUAGAGGGUGAAGGCACCAUCGACAGGACACCGCUGAUGGAGGCUGCCGGGAAUGGCCACACUCAGACAGUGAAGGCACUGCUGACCCUCGGUGCGAACCCUCUGGCGACGAAUAGUGAAGGAUGGACACCCCUCCACUAUGCUGCAGCGCGGGGCCAGCAGCAAUGUGUGGCGGCCCUCACAUCCGUCAUCCCUCCCACCUCCGCACACCUCGAGGCAUACACCCCGGUGCACGCCGCCAGUUACCUUGGCCAAGUGCAGGUACUGGAGCAGCUGGCGGGUGCUGGUUGGCCCCUCACCGCUAGGGACAGUGAUGGCAACACAGCCCUGCACACUGCUUCGGAGGGGGAUAGCGUGACAUGUCUGGGAUGGCUGGUAAAGCGAGGUGGUGACCCGUGCGUGCGAAAUAAGAAUGAACACACCCCGUUAGACGUGGCCGUGCAGUUUGGCCGCCACGAGGUGGAGACCUGGCUGGCCAAGAAUGGUGGCGCUGUUGUGCGAAACGAGGAUCGGCGUGUGGAGGAAGUGAGAAUACGGCAGGGCAGGCAUAAAGACAACCACAACUCAGUCUUGUCCUGGUUGAUGGAGCUCAACGAGGCAGCCAUGGCCCUUAUCCCCGAGAUCUAUGACGGUCACGUGCUGAGCCAGGAAGGCCUGACACCCCUCCACGCGGCGGCGCUGCUCGGGGCUUCCAGUAGUGUAGUGGAGGCUAUGCUGAGACGCGGUGUGAACCCUCAUGUGAUUACCCCGGACAACAUGACUCCCUUUGACCUGGCUCGGCAAGAAGGCCAUGACCCAGUGAUUAAGGGACUACAGUGCCACCAGUGUGUAAAGAGCGCUGAAUCCCCCGAGUACCUGUACCAGGAGCUGGUCUCAACAAUCAGUCGCGGGGACGACGUGCAGGCGGUGUCCAGUCUCCUGUGUAAAGGCGCCCCUAUUGAGUCCAUGGGUGGCCGCACCGCCCUCAGACUGGCUGUCACCACCGACCGUGCACGCACCGUCAGCCUGCUGCUGGCGAGUGGAGCCUUCCUGUCCGCCAACAUGCUGCAGGAGGCUUGGAAGAGCCACAAUGUGACCCACAGGGUGCUGGCCUCCCUCACCACCGCCUACUGCUGCCGGCUGCGUGUGGAGCAGCGUCGUCUGUUAAAGGUCAGCCGCGCCCUUGUCGAGGGCAUCAGUAGUCUGCUGGAAGACAUCGAAGGAAAUAUUCCGUGGCUGGCUGUCUGGCGACGGGGCGAGGACACUGACCGAGCAACUCUGAGCGAUCUCCUAGCAAAGGCUGCGGCCACCAGCUGCCCCGUGACUGCCGCCUUCCUGCAGAAUGCAGGAGCGUGGCCUUUUUUUAGCCAAGCCUCUGGUGUCAGUGCCCUGCACGCCGCGCUGGACGCCGGCCACCAGGCCAUGGCCGAGGUGCUGAUCAGGCACCUCGGGGCCUGCCCGUACGUGCCGGACACACACGGUCGCCUUCCAGUGCACAUGAUGAGUGACGAGGAGCGACAGAGGCUGGAGCAGAGGCUGUUCGAGGCGGAGCAGGAGAAACUUCAGGAUCUGGAACUUCGGCAGAAAGCAGAUUGCGAGAAGGCGGCGGCACGCACAGCGCUGGACGUACAGAAGGUUCUUUUUGACAACCACAAGAAUGGAGAUGAUAAGAAUGUUUCUGCAGAUGAUUUCCGCGCCGCCCUGCUGCUGGCCUCGCGCAAAGGUCUUCUACAGCUGACUCAUCUGCUGCUGCGGGAGGAUUGCCACCUCGUGGACGAGGUGCUGGAAGAUAUCUGCGACACCACCGCCCUGCACCAGGCGGCCUCGCACGGCCAGGACGGUUGCGUGGCGCUGCUGCUGAGUGCAGGCGCCAACACACAGCAGCGCGACAGGUACGGCCAUACACCCCGACUCCUUGCCGCCAUGUUUGGCCACACAAGCACUGCCGACUUGCUGGCCCAACAAGAUGUGCAGGACCCUCCUUGCCGCGCGGGCACCACCGCCAAGCAAAUGACGUGAGGAUUUGAAGCAUACUUCCAGCUUUAUGAAAAGUAUGCCCAUGAUCCUGACUCCAUUUGACCGUCACAACCCCGACAACGUCACAAGGAAGCUUACGAAAUGCAUACGUGCAAGAAAACUGCAACAGGAGGCUCAACGGGUGGCUGUUGACUUAUCAGAAGGCGAGGCCCUUGAAAUACAUGAGGCGGUGAUGGCAGAACUGAAAGCCAUCAUAGAUAAUGUGUCAGCCGCGGAUCCUACUACCGCGGCGAACUGAGGCUGGCGGGCAGCUCUCGGCUCCAAGUUGUACGCCCCCGACGAGUUUGACGUAAAUAUCGUGAUUCACGGUGAUGACGUAGGAGUAAAUGUUAGUGAGGGAAGGAAGGAGGAAGCUCUGUUGAAGGGCAGGUUACAGAUCUCUGUGAAGACUGACAACCCCAAACUUAAAGGGAAUAGUUUCAUGGCCAAUCUGUACGAGGAGGUGCACCGCUACCUCGCUGGCCAUACCCUGCAGGACGAAAGACUGAGCCUGUUGCCGCCGGGACUUACUAGUACACAGGUGGACGUGGGACUUGCCCUGGCCUUGCAGGGGCGAGAGUAUCCACUGCUGUUGAUCGGCGUGGACCUGGUGCCGGUGCUGGAGGUGCCGUGGCUGGAACAAAUCCCCAGCCCUUCCUCACUCCUGGGGACACCACCACCAUGCAGCUCAGUAAGGCCGCGGAUGGCUCAUGGUGCUGCAGCUUUGCCUUGACGGAGGCAAAGGUGCUAGGGACGCUGAGCCCCGAGGAGCGCCAGUUGCAGCUAAUGGGAAAGCUACUUCUUUCCCGCCUCAAGGCUGAGGGCUGGAUGCCACGACACAAGAAGCACCUGGUUUGCCACACGGGAGUGGAGCAUUCCGGUGCCAAGCGGGAUCUGCUUCAAAAACGCAUUCCUGCGGUGGCUGGAGUAUAGAUGUGGGGAGAGGCACGCUGCCAAGCAGCUGGAGGACCCCGCCAGAUGGCUGGUCGAGGUGUUCAGACUGAUGUGUGCAAACCCAGAGGAAUCGCGGGAUCGCCUGACAGCUCAAAUUAGCUCCGCCUACUUUGGAGUUGACUGUGAGGGGCGAAAAGCUGAGGACGGGGCACCUGCCAUCGUGCAGUGCCUGGAGGAGGACUUGGAAAAGUUGUGGCCUGGCUCGCCUGGCGACAUCGGCCUGAACCUAGACAGCCAGGCGGCGAGGAACAUACUGGUGGCGAGUUGCCUUUGGAUGCAGAAGAUGCAGCUCCACAGUGAUGAUCAGCAGUGAUUCGCACCAAUCUGUAAACCUCACACACACACACACACACACACACACACACACACACACACACACACACACACACACACACACACACACACACACACACACACACACACACACACACACACAUAUACACACACACAUAC